CUGCAGCAUGCUGUCUGCGGGACGGGGACUACAGCUGGGGCAAACCCAUGGGGGCACCAAUGCAAUCCCCUGGACCAUCACCUUUGUGUCUGGCAAGGAGGGCUGGCUCCUCUUCAUCCCCCUCUUUAUCUUCUUCUCCUUACCCCAAGGGACAGCAUGGCCCUACGAUUACAGGCAUCUGUACAAUCACUGCCCAGGCCCAGAGUGGAACGUUAUGUGCAGAGGCUGUUGCGAGUAUGACGUGAUCCGCUGUAAAUGUCCUCUCCAGGGGACUCCAGUGGGCUAUGCAGUACCCUGCUGCCGCAACGCCAUCAACGAGUGUGACCCCUGCAUCAUCCAUCCAGGUUGCAGUGUAUUUGAGAACUGUAAACGCUGUAACAAUGGAACGUGGGGGCCGAGGGAUGAUUUCUUCAUUAGUGGCAGAUACUGUGCAGAGUGUCGGCCCGGCUGGUCUGGUGGAGACUGCAUGAAAUGUGGGGGUGUCAUCCAUAAACGACAGGGCCAUUUGGUGCUGGAGAGUUACCCCAACAACGCCCGGUGCGAGUGGACCAUUCAGGUGGAUCGUCCCUUCACCAUAGAACUCAGGUUCAUGAUGCUGAGUCUGGAACUUCACCAUUCGUGUCGUUAUGACUAUGUGGAAGUCCGAGAUGGUGAUAGUAUAAGAUCACGUGUUAUUGGUCGAUUCUGCGGGAACAACAGACCUCUGCCGAUUCAGAGCUCUGGCAACAGUCUUCACAUUCUGUUUGUGUCCGAUGGCUAUAAGAACUUUGACGGCUUUUUCGCCACAUUCCAGGAGAGCUCGGCGUGCAGCUCCUCUCCUUGCCUGCAUGAUGGGACUUGUAUCCUGGACACGUCUUACACUUACCACUGUGCUUGUCUGGCUGGUUAUACAGGCAAGAGGUGUGAAAACGUGGUGGGAUGCCGUAGGCCUCCGGUGCCCACCCAUGGAUCAACAAAGGGUUUGUUUCAUCACUCUGGGGCACGCAUCACUUUCCACUGCGACUCUGGAUUUCAACUGCAGGGAUUUCGUAGCGCAAUCUGCCUAAGUGAUGGCACCUGGAGUGCGCCUGCCCCACAGUGUGUGCCAGUGGAAAGUGUGUGUUCUCUACCACCAAAGCCAACACAUGGGGAUCACUUUUUGGUUUAUGGACCCAAUGAUGUCCUUGUGGCCUUACAGUACCUGUGCUACCAGCCUUAUGAGCUCAGCGGGAGCUCUCAGAGAACCUGCCUCCCGAACAACACCUGGAGUGGGAGUCCGCCUGUUUGCGUCAAAGUGAAUAACACACUCCCUGAAGCUGAAAAAGAGAAAGAUAAUGCAAAAGAGACUGAAAAACAGAAAGAAACUGAAAAAUACACUGACAAAGAUAUCAACAAGACUAAAGAGAAAGGUCAAGAGAACACAACUGUAGAAAAAGAAAUUGUUGGAAGCAAGGAUAUAAACACUGGGCACAUGAAUACAACAACAGCAGACAGAGAAGAUAAAUAUACCGGUACGAUUCCAGAGGAAACUGCGGCUGAGGAUAGGAAUGAAGAAGGGCCAGAAGAAAAAAAUACUGGGUCAGAACCCACUGGAGGUAGCAUAGAUAAAGAAGUGGAUAACAAAGGCCCAGACAACAGCCUGAACACGGUGGAAAAACAAGAUCCUGAGGUGGUACAAGCACCUGAGAAAAAAGAAGAAAGCCCAGAUAGAAACCUAGACGUAGGAAAAACAGAUGUAACACAAAUAGUGGUGAUUAAAGACAAAGGGCAAGAAGAGAAGGAAAAGAAAGAAGAGCAGGUCAAUGGAAAACGAGAACGGGACAAAGUCGGCCCGAACGACACCAAGAUGAUGACCGUUAUAUCCGAGGGAGAAAACGCUGUGGAGAUAUUUGAACUGGGAAUGACCAACCAUACAGUAACACAUGAUGUGAAAGACACCAAAAAAGAAAAUAACACCAUAAGCCUUCCAGAUCUGGAGAAGAAAGUAUUUCCCACAAGGGUCAACAUUACACAGUAUACUAUGUACAGAGCAGGAGUAGACAGUGAGAAACCAAAGGAAAAAACAACAGAAGCUGAGGGGAAAACAAAGGAGGAGCUGGAACGGGAGAAAGAAAAAGAAAAGGAGAGAGAAGUCAAUCAAAGCAUCAUGGAGAGGAGCUGCCCCCCUCUGCCUCGCCUCUACAACGGCUACCACCAGGUGGUGCCAGGAUUGGAGCCCGAGACCAGGGAAUUCAUCUGUAACCACUCCUACGCGCUCAGCGGAGACGCCCGGCGGACCUGCCAACCAGAUGGGACUUGGACUGGCACGCAACCCGUCUGUGUCAGAGCAUGUCGGGAGCCCAAAGUGUCAGAGUUGGUGAAGCAGAAAGUUCUACCGCCUCAGACUCUGGUCAGAAAAACACCUUUGCACAGGUUGUACUCCUCCAGGCUUGGGAGACAGUUCCAGUCUGACGGUCCAACCAAAGCCCCCCCAGUGCUUUCCCAGCUUCACAAGGGCUUCCACCACCUUCACACACACAUAGAGUAUGAGUGUGCUUCCCCGUUCUACCACCACUCCGGCAGUUCUCGACGCACUUGUCUGAAAACUGGGAAAUGGAGCGGGCGCCAUGUCUCCUGUUCACCUGUGUGUGGGAAGCAUCCAACCUUUGACCCAGAGAGGCCGGCAGAGGCUCACUGGCCUUGGCUGGCAGCCAUCUACCGCCGCUCCGCCAUCGGAACUGAGAGCAAGGUGACCAAGGCGGGCAGCCAGGCAGGGUCCCUGAAGAAAGAUGGCAGAACAGGAACUAGCAACCACGACCAAGCGUCGGACUGGCAGCUUGUGUGCAGCGGGGCUCUGGUGAACCAGAGGAGCGUGGUGGUGGCAGCCCACUGUGUGACCGAGCUGGGGAAGGUGUACCCUCUGGACGCAGCCAAGGUCAAGGUGGUGGUGGGGAAGCACUACCGCGACGACCACAGGGAAAAUAAAGGGCUUCAGCAUCUGAGGGUGGCCUCAAUUGUGGUUCAUCCAGACUACGACCCUCAUAUUCUGGACUCAGACAUGGCUGUGAUCAAGUUGCUGGACAAAGCAAGGAUCGGGGAGAAAGUUUUACCCCUCUGCCUUUCAGACAGUCAGGGGGAGGAGGCGACGUCUGGGCAGGGGAUGGUCACGGGUUGGUCUCCACUGCCUGACUCUAAUCUGGGCGCUGAUGAGAAGGCGAGGGUCGGCCUUGUUCACCUCGCAGACAUAGUCCCCUGUGAACAGCAGUACGCUCGGAACGGCAUGCCAGUUAGCGUCACAGAGAAUAUGCUCUGCGCCAGCCAGAAGCCAGACUAUGGACCCUCUAACAUAUGUCCAUCUGACACCGGGGGAAUCCUUGUCCUCCCCGACCUCUCUGACCUCCAGGCUGCUGACAACCGGAGGCCCUCUCUCAACUCAAACAGGGACAACAAAGGACUGUGGAGACUCCUUGGACUGGUGAGCUUUGGCUAUGACCAAGGGGAAUGUGACCCUGACCUCUACACAGUCUAUACACGUGUAGCCAACUUUAAAGACUGGAUAGAAAGCAAUAUGAAAUAACAAUGCUACUGUUUGACCCACUUUAGUCUCCUUAUCCUUGUUAAGUAUUUAAAUGUCUUUGUAUUUUACUGUCCUGUUCCAUGCGUUUGUCCAUCUAUUUCUCAUGUCGAAUGUUGCCUUCUUCUAUUCCUGGUCUUAUGCACAAGGGCAUUUUUGUCACUAAAUGCGGAUACAACACUGGACAACACAGUGCUCUAACUGCAGGGGGCGCUAGCACAUUAGAUGUGCUGGGAACUAACAUUACAUCAGAAGACUUCAGUGGUCAGGUCUCUCAACUUGAGGGAACAGACUUAAAACCAAAAGCCUCUUGGCUGAUCAUGGUUUGUAUUGUACUCAUUGGUUUGUAUAUAUGUUGUAAUGUACUGAAUUAUUCAUAGGAUUCCAGAGAUGUACAUAUUGUAAUGACAGACUGAAAAAGUGAGGAUGUUUUUAAUUAAAGAAAAUGAGUGUGUGGUGAA